AUGCAGCGCAUGCAGAGGAUUACGGGGCGUUUCCUCACGAGGACGCCCAAUGAAGCCGAUGUCGAAUCCAUGUUGAAGGACUUCAACGACUCCAAGACUAUGUUGGAAAAGCUCGAAGCGUCAGCAAAGCAAUGGCGGGACGCGUGGACCAACAUCCUCAACCAUCAACUCACUUCGGUCGAGCUACUAUACACCAUUUUCAAACCACUCGGCGGCGAAGGCUCCAACAGCACCCAUGUACAUGCCGAAACUCCGUCUGCCGUCCUGGAGCGUGUCCACGCCCUCCAUGAGGCCUUUUCGGAACUGAAGACGGAUAUGAUGGAGGAGGUCAAAGACAUCGACAGGAAACUGGUCAUACCGGCGAAGCUCGCUCGAGAUGCAUUGAAGCCCAUGGAGAAGGCUAUCAAGAAGCGGGAAGAUGCGAAGGUCGAUUAUGAGCGCUACAAGAGCCGCUGCGAAGCCCUCCAGGCUAAGAAGACGCGUUCGGAGCGCGAAAACAGCGCUCUCGCCAAACACGAAGUCGAUCUCGAGCGCUCUACCCACGCAUACCAGCUUGCUGACGAGAAUCUACGAGAACGUCUACCACGUCUGAACGCCGCGACCUUCUCAAUCCUACCACACCUCCUAGCGAACCAGAUCGUCCUACAGAAUAACUUGAUUGGGAACUUGUAUACUGUACUGCACCAGUACUCACACGAGCAAGGAUACCCCGACCCACCACCUGAGCCGGAAGAAGUCAUACCAUUAUGGGACUCAAACUUCACACCACUGCGCCAGGAGAUGGAGACAAGCUUGGGCUUGCUCAAGACCGGCAAGGCAGUCCACAUGCCGAUGCGACUACCGGACAAGGGAGAUACACUGACAGGCCUAGGCAUUAGAAAUAAGGUCAUGCCUGGUAGGAGAGCCAGCAGCAACGACAGUGUGCCUACCAUCACCGGAGGCGGACGACCUGCGCGACCGUCCCAGACCCUUUCGUCCACUUCCGAAAGCGGUCCACCUAUAAGCCUCUCUAGCAAGCCUUCAUACAGCUCUCUUAGCGCCUCGAAGCCAAAGAUAGGUGGCUCGCCCCAUCUGAGCGCUGGUCAGGACAUGUAUGGCCGCCGUGCCUCCUCCACCUCCCAGGCUUCCUCGUACUCAAAUGGAACAAAUGGUGAUUCCUACUUUAACAAAACCCCUGCCUCGAAUGGAUCGACUCCAAGCGGUUAUCCCUCAUCGCCUAACCCAGCAGCAGGGAAGAAAAAGCCGCCUCCACCGCCCCCUAAGAAGAUUGGAUCGUUUCAGUCUGAGUACGUGACGGCCAUGUAUGAUUUCGACAGUCUUACUCCUGGCGACUUAAAUUUUAGAGAGGGCGACCGGAUUCGCGUGGUGAAGAAGACUGAAAGCUCGCAAGACUGGUGGGAGGGCGAGAUACACGGACAAAAGGGCAGUUUUCCCGCCAACUACUGCAAAUGA